CGAGGAUGAAGUCUGAUCUAUAUAAAUCGUAUUUAAACUGUACUAACUGUAGGGAGCCACCUUAAAUGUUUUUGAGUUCUCUCAUAUAAAAAAUAAAAAAGUUUAGCCAAUGUUUGCGUAUAUCGGUGCAGCACUAAAAAUAAUUAAAUUGUUUUGUAUUCCAGGCGCUCCAAUCGGAAAAAAAGUUGUGAUCUUUGUCGAUGAUCUCAAUAUGCCUAAACUGGAUACAUAUGGUGCCCAGCCCCCUGUGGAACUACUCCGACAAUAUCAGGAUUUCAAAGGAUUUUACGAUCGUGAAAAACUUUUCUGGAAAGAGAUCAAGGUAUUUUAUAUUUUUCAUCAUCGAACCGACCUGACCGCGUAGCUCAGUUGGUAGAGCAUUGGGCUAGUAUUCCAAAGGUCGUAGAUUCGAUUCCUACCGUGGCCAGGCAUAUUUUUCAAGCUUGCCCGGUGUGGAUAUACACUCAGAGAAACAUCACAAGCAUCAUAUUCACCUGAGUAGAUUGCACUAACGCAGCAGGUCAUAAUCUUGAUUUGUUUGCAAUGCACGCACGUAUUUGUUAGAUGUAAAUGAAUGUUUCUGAUAUGCCACUAGAGAACUCCCUAACCCUAAAUUCCUUUUGCCACUAGUGUUCUUGUGUUGUUCAAUGUUUAGUCUUAUUAAUAAAUUUAUGUCAUCUUAAUAAAUCAAUCAUUAUUUUUCCAGGAUGUAAUCAUCUGUGCAGCAUGUGCUCCUCCUGGUGGAGGUCGAAAUCCCGUCACCCCCCGGUUUAUACGUCACUUUAGUAUGUUUUCAAUACCAACUUCAGCGGAACAUACAUUGAAACAUAUCUUUAAGGUAAGAAAGAUAUCUUUGGUAAAUCUAGGCCUCUUGUUUUAUACAGAGUAGCUAUAUCAGAUCUAAACUGUUUUCCCUAUAGACGUCCAGUACGUCUUCCCAAAAACUUCUGUGGGAAUAGUCAGCAUAAAAAAUAAAUUGCUGAUAUUUUCUUGCAGUCCAUAGUGUCAGGAUUCUUGACAGAGUUUCCUAACGAAGUCCGUACAGCAGCUGAAGCUAUUGUUGCGUCCAGGUAAGUAGACUUUGUCUUGUUUUUCCAGCAGAUAGAGUAAGAACUGUUAUUCCUGUGACCAAUGGAGGACAGGUCUACCCCCGUACUCCCCCUCCUCUUACUGUCCGUUCCCUUUAUUACUCUCCCCCUUUCCUUACUCCUCCCUUUUCUCCUAGAGACCGCCAUUAUUAUUUUCCUGUACAAAUUCUUCAACGCAUUUUCCUUGAUUUUAGUGUGGAGAUCUACAUGCGAAUGAGCACAGAUCUACUUCCAACACCUGCCAAGUCUCAUUAUAUAUUUAACUUGAGAGAUCUCUCCAAGUGUAUUCAAGGUAAGACGAACUCAUCUCAUCUCUAGCCUAUCACCUCAACGCCUUGGAGGCUUAGAUAACGGAAAAAAAGUUAAUAAAAUAUUAGCAAUUAUAAUAAAUAAACAGCUACAUAUAACCGUGAUAUAACUAUACAAGCGACUGAAAAAUUCAAUCGAGAAAAAAACAUUUUAUUUUCCAGGUGUGCUUCAGGCAGACCCAGGGACAGUUCGUGAUUAUUCUCAAAUCUUCCGAUUAUUCUGCCACGAAGCGCAGCGCGUGUUUCAUGACCGUUUGAUUAACGAUGAAGACAAAAGAUAUUUUAACACAAUUCUUGCCGAGAUGUCACAGAAGCAUUUCUCUCAGGUAGGCUUAUGUUUUGGUUUGUUUGUUUGUUCUGUUUUUGCAUUUGUUUGUUCGUUUGUGUUUGUGCUGUUGUUUGUUUGUGUUGAUACUUUUUUUGUGCUUAUCUCCUUAAUAACCUUAAUUUUUUGGUUUGUUUUAUAGACUGUAGAUCCAGAAUUGUUUGAAAGCAAGCCUAUAUUGUACGGUGAUUUUAUGAAAAUGGGAGCUGAUCCAGCAGACAGAAUGUACGAGGAACUCACUGACAUGAACAAACUUCAGACCAUUUUAAACGACGUACGUAUUCCAUAUUUACUCAGGGAUGGAUCCAGCAUGAUCUGGUGGGGGGAUGGAGGGGUUCUGCCACCUCUGGUGCCGAGUUGUGUCGGUCAUGUGUGCCACCCGGCCAUCAACUUGCUUGACUACUGCAAAGUCUUGCUUGACUACUGUAUUUGAAUUGUAAUAAUACUGUUGUUCACAGUUCGCUUAUCAUCAUGUUAUUACUCAAAUUACUGUAUCUCAUUUUGUCUCUAAUAUUUUUUUGCUUUAUCAUGAAAAAUAGCCGCCCCCCUCCUGCACCCCCUCUGGCCAGGGCUAGGUGGGGUGCGCAUCCACCCAUCCCUCCCAGUAAACCCCUCCUUGUUAUUGACUAAACCCAUCCCUGUUAUUGACUAAACCCAUCCCUGUAUUGACUGUGUCUUAUUCAAAUGCUGUAUUUUCUUCAAAAUUCUUUACCUUAAAUUUGGUCCAAAAUUAAUUCUCAGUAAUCUACUUCGUGUUGCAGUAUUUGGAUGACUUUAAUUUGAAUUCCUCUAAAGAAAUGAGACUGGUUUUCUUUAUGGACGCAAUUCAACAUGUCACGAGGUAUAUAGUCAUCGUCUUUUAUCCUUUGAACACUGUUUUAUUGUUUCAAAACAUUAUCUAGCUGAAACAGAAAGUGGUAGUUUGUGCUCCAUAUUUUCCAAGCUAUAUAUUCCUGUCCAUGAGAUAAAUAUUAUAACUCUGACGAACUUUUCUGCAGGAUUUCUCGCAUGGUGCGUCAACCAAGAGGAAACGCUCUGUUAGUUGGCGUAGGUGGGACUGGAAAGCAAAGUUUAACAAGGUGAGAACUCCAAUACACUGCACUACUCCAGGGGUGGAUCCAGCAAGGUUUUUCUAGGGGUGUGCGGGGUGAGCAGCGGAGUGUUUCUUUAUAAUUCUUUAGGGGGUGGUGGGAGAGCAUUCAAAUGAAUUAGCUUCCUAACAACUGAAGCACCGAAGGCGUGAGCUCCCUAGGGGGUUCAGGGGUAUGCCCCCCGGAACAUUUUGAAAAUUAGAAACCUAGAAAUGCCAUUUCCUGCGAUAUGGGCAUUGAAUUAUGCUUCAGUUUGACUUCAAAAAGGAAAAACCUUGGAAAUUGUGCCUUAUUUCUGAAUUUGAUUUUAUUGCACCCGCCUUGCACCCCUGUUGAUCAAGACCAACAGGGGUGCGCACCCCUGUGCACCCCCCUAUAAAUCCACCCCUGCACCACACUACGUCUUAAAAGCUAGUUAUGCUGAAGAAUUUUAACAUUUAUAAAUUAUUUGUUUCGUUCAGAUUGGCUGCUCACAUGGCAGGAUAUAAAUGUUUUCAAAUUGAACUGACGAGGGGAUACGAUUACGCCGCAUUCCGUGAAGACUUGAAACAACUUUAUUAUUCAGCAGGAUUAGACAAAAAACAUACUGUCUUUCUCUUCACUGAUACACAGGUAGGAAAUUAAUUUAAUUCUAACUUUUUUUGCUUUAUUAAAUAAUCCUGUUUUCUACAAAUGAAAUUACUUAUUAUGUGAGUGUGUGAGUUAAACCUGGUUUCAUCACGUCUGUUGUGACCAAGUCAUAUCCAUCGAUAUAAAUAGUGUGGAUGUAUCUUGUUUUUUGUUUGCUCUUAGCAAAUCAGUUUUAGUGUGAUAUAGCAACAUUCCUGCAUAAGCUGUUGUGACAUGGUUGUUUUAGGCUUAGAAACCAUGUAUAUGGUUAGAAAUGGUGAACUGGACAAUAAUUCAUCAUCUAUCUUUUCAGAUUGUUGUGGAAGAAUUUCUUGAAGAUAUUAACAAUAUUUUGAACUCAGGAGAGGUUCGUACGGUCCACUGCUUUAUUAUACAAAACUUCCUUGCUAUGCUCUAAAUUUUGAUGACGCGAGAAUCUGUUGUUGCCAUGGAGACAUGUCAUUCUUGCUAUAGUAACAUCUCAUUGUUGCUAGGAUAACAUAUAUCUAACUGUUUCUGUGGCAACAUACUGUAUCUCUUCAUUGACAUGGUGAAGUUUCUCAUUGUUGGUAUGCUGAUUAUUUCCACAGGUACCAAAUCUCUUUGAGCCAGAGGAGUACGAGAAAGUGUUAGCUGGGACACGCCCUGCCGCAAAGGAUGUUGGUAUAGCUGAGAACGACCGUGAUGGCGUGUUUGCGUAUUUCAUCAGUCAAGUGAGGAACAAUCUCCAUAUAGUGUUGUGUAUGAGUCCAGUGGGGGAAGCAUUCCGCACCCGAUGUCGGAUGUUUCCAUCCUUGGUGAAUUGUUGUACCAUUGACUGGUUCACGGAGUGGCCUAGGUGAGCUAGUGAUAACAGGGAUGGGUCAAGCAUGAUCCGGUAGGGGGAGUGCUCUGCCAGCUCUGGUGCCAAGUUGUGUCGGUCAUGUGUGCCGCCAGCCCAUCAACUUGCCUGACUACUGCAAGGUCUUGCUUGAUCACUGUACUUGAAUUGUUGUUCACAGUUCGCUUAUGAUCAUGUUAUUACUCAAAUUACUGUAUCUUACUUUGUCUCUAAUAUUUUUUGCUUUAUAAUGAAAAAAUAGCACCAUCCUGCACCCCCUCUAGCCAGGGCUAGGGGGGGGGGGGGCUUGUUGAUCAUCAAUAAACUUGUAUGAACAUAAUGAGAAACGUUUUGUCCCAAUGCCCAAGGUGUAAGCCAUAUUAAUGUUAUUCUAAUAAAACUUACUUUUAUAGAGAGGCAUUGUUUUCUGUUGCUCGACGUUUCUUUGAAGAAAUUGAACUGGGUGGAGACGAAGUGAAGGUGUGUGUUUUGUACCUUCGGUUGCCCUGUUAGGCCUCAAUUAUUUAACUACCGUACCAUAUUUGUAUAUUCUUCUGCAGGAAAGCAUCUCAGAAAUGUGUGUUGAGACGCAUCUCAGUGUGAGUCAUACAGCUGAACGAUUUUACAACGAGCUACGUCGACGAUACUAUACAACACCUACCAGUUAUCUGGAGUUGAUCAAUCUUUAUCUCUCCAUGUUGGAGGACAAGAGAAAGUAAGUCACUCGGAUUGUUUUCAAUAAGAGCCUGGUUUACGCUAUCAAAGUUGCAAUGGUUUAAGUAUAUUUAGCCUUAGGUCUGAAAGUUGCAAUGGUUUAAGUAUAUUUAGCCUUAGGUCUGAAAGUUGCAAUGGUUUAAGUAUAUUUAGCCUUGUUGAAAUUUUUCUCAUAGAAAAUUAGUUGGCGCUUGUGAUCGUGUGAAGAAUGGUUUGAAGAAACUUUUGGAGACAAACGAGUUGGUUGAUAAAAUGCAGGUAAGCUAUGUUUCUUCAUAAUUUUUUUCAGAUUGUGUCAAUUUCCUCUUUCUACUUUCCUGCUUCAUGUGAAUUCGUUGUUUUGUUUUCGCACAGGUCGAGUUGGUGGCUCUUGAACCACAACUAAAACAAAAAUCUCUCGACACAGAAAAACUUAUGGAGAAAUUACAAAUUGAUCAAGAAGAAGCAGACAAGGUGAACUUUAUUUAUAUUCUACAGGUCUAAGUUCUCCCCAGAGGUCCAGUAAGAACCAUUCCUUAUUGAUCCAGUGUUACUACAGAAGGAAACCUAAACUAAACUAACUUUAUUUAUACUGGAUAGCUCUAUCAGUUCUAAACUGUUCUCCCUAGAGGUCCAGUAAGGAUCACUUCUUAUUGAUCCAGUGUUACUACAGGAGGAAACCUAAACUAAACUAACUUUAUUUAUACUGGAUAGCUGUAUUAGGCCGAAAAUAGGCGAAAAACGAGAUGAAUUUCUUGUUUUGAAACCUUGUUUGUAAUAAAAUAUUACUGAGAAAAGCUCGUAUUUUGAAGUGUUUGUUACUGUGUUUCAGGUUCGUAAAGUUGUGUUGGUGGAUGAAAGUGCGGCGAAAGAGAAAGCGGCUGAAACGGAAGCCAUUGCUACUGAAGCACAACGAGAUUUGGACGAAGCUUUGCCUGCAUUACAUGCUGCUAAUAAGGUACGGGGAUAAACACACAUUUUCAUUCAGGACCAAAUGUGGGGUGGGAAGAAGGGAUAGAUGAAUGGUAGAGGGGGAAGUUGAGGGAGGUGGGAGAGGGGGAAAGGAAUUAUGGAGGGAAGAGGGG